CGACCGGGGCCGUGGUGCGCCAAACCUAUUGUGGUACUAUGUGGCCCCGCGUGUUCAUUCGUGAUCCACUCACUCAUGGGGCCGUAUCCGCUGUAUUUGCUCUGGGCAGCUCAACUUGCGCGGACAGUCGCUGGGGCGCCGUUCGCGGGUCCAUUCCUGGCGUACGUCGACAAGUUCUCCCGUUGUGCAGACGACGAGUCAACCAAUAGGAUACUCAUGACUAUGACCAUCACACCCUUCAACAUCAGAGAGCCCUACGCCCUCCAGAUCGUUAAUGGCAAACUCUCAUUCAACCGGACGUUCGAUGAUACCUACUGGACUCGCACUCGCAUUGAUUCCCGCUCCACCGACGGCCAUCGUUGGAUGAAGAACGCUUUUCUUUUCAAUUUCCCUUCAAAAGGCUGUUCUGUAUUUCGGGAGCAAGCGCCUGAUUGGUAUCGUGUUUUGUUAGGUGACGUCAUCACCAGCGGGAAAGAAUGCACCGUUCCGCCGGGCGUCUACCCCAUCGAGAAACAGUCAGUAAACUGGACAUUUCCGAAUGUUCCAAUUAUGCCAUACGGAUUCAUGCGGUUUCAUUCAACCUUCGGACGAGCUCGGGAAACUGAUUUCUGCUUUCAAGCAGAGUUCCAUUCAAUCCCAAGACCAAAACCAGGAAAUAUUGGAUAAACCCCUGUCCGAAGCACCUGCCUGUGAUGCGCCCGGUGCAUCUCCGCCAUUAUUUGCUCAACGCGCCGAUUGGGACUGCCGCACACUAAACUCGGAUGCAUUAUGUUGUACAAAAGGGCUGCUCAGCUCUAAUCGGACCUAGUUACGCCUAAGGUAGAACCUAGUGAAAAAAUAUCGAAAAUUGCUAAAAAGUCGUUUAGUGAGGUGAAAAACGGUCUAGAAGCUCGUAGGCUAAAAACUCGACCUUGAAUUUGUAUAAGGGAAUGAGGGAUCAUCCAGAAAGUACGUCCGUUUCUCUCAAAAUCAUCCUGCAAACUACAGUGGCUCGGCGCCUGCAAAACCCGGGGUAGGCUACCCCGCAAUACACCCAUGCACGGCAUGCAAGAUUGUGCCUACCCAUCAGGCGCCAUGAGAGCUUGCAUUGCCGUAAUUUGGAGGGUUCGUAACGGCGAAUGACGGACGUACUUUCUAGAUAAUCCCUGAUGUAAACUGUUGUAAUUAAUUGGUGCAACUCGCGAUGUAAUCGGAUGUGAUUUGGUACACAGCAAAGUAAAUAAGAGAUGAACACAGGUGGAUGUCCAGAACGGAAGUGAGCUGAACUCGAGAUACACUUUUGACAGAUUGAAAACAGAUUAAACGUCUCAAAAUAGCUGAACACCAGAAUAAAUAAUUAUGCACAUAUUGCUAUUAUUUAUAUAUGUGAUCAUGAACCUUCUGGUUGUGUAGAAACUUAGUAUAUUUUAACAAAAACAAGCUGUGAAAGAAAUUUUUCCCUCGAAAUUUAUGUCGCAAGGACCUUUUACCGUAAAGGCCUGCAUCAAGGGGGAGUUUUUGGUCUACGAGCUCGCUUGACCGUGUUUCACCUUACUGAUCGACAUUUUUGAGAUUUUCGGUAUUUGUUCAGUAGGGUCCUCCCUUAGAUAUCCUUACUUUUCUCAAAUUCACCACACUAGUAAAAGUCUUCAAAAACGCUUUGCGUUCAAAGAAAAGGAAGCAUUGUAAUUGAAAGUGAAAUUAAAAAUUAUCGCUUCGUACUCUACGAUGCUACUGUUUUCUUUGUAGGUUGCAAAGCAAUGCCUUGUAAACUUUUACAGUGUUAAUAAAGUGUUUUUUGAAUUAUAUUCCUAAAGUUUUAA